CUUCCGCAACUCAUGAUAGGGAAGCAGAUUCGAGCAGACACUUCAUCCAAGCACAACAAUGCACUCAGGGGAAUUCCGUGCAAUAUAACCUUGUACAAGUGAAUACAGCAAAUAUAAAGUUGUAUCAGUUUGAAUUUGCACUUGAACCGCAGUGAGGAGCCACCAUGUCAUUUCUCAGAGCUGGAAACACAUCACCACCACUACCACUGCUGCUGCUGCUGCUGAUGAUGAUGAUGUUUGGACCGUCAUCCAGUGCACCUCGCUCAUUCAGCAUAGAUUACCAGAAUGACUGCUUUCGGAAAGACGGGGAGGUGUUUCGUUACAUAUCAGGAGGGAUCCAUUACUACAGGAUCCCUAGAGUCUACUGGAAAGAUCGACUGCUCAAGAUUUACAUGGCAGGAAUGAACGCCAUCCAGACGUACAUUCCUUGGAAUUUCCAUGAGGAGACUCCAGGAAAGUAUAAUUUCAACGGAGACAGGGAUUUGGAAUAUUUCCUUCAGUUGGCCCACGACAUUGGUUUACUGGUCAUCCUUCGGCCAGGACCUUAUGUAUGCACAGAGUGGGACAUGGGUGGGCUGCCUGCCUGGCUUCUCAAGAAGAAAAAUAUUGUGCUGCGGAGUUCAGAUCCAGAUUACCUUGCAGCAGUAGACAAGUGGAUGGGGAAGUUACUGCCCAUGAUGAAACCUUAUCUGUAUCAGAAUGGUGGUCCCAUCAUCUCUGUACAGGUGGAGAAUGAAUAUGGCAGCUACUUUGCUUGUGAUUACAAUUACCUGCGUCACCUGAGCAAACUAUUCAGGCAGCACCUGGGAAACGAGGUGGUGCUCUUCACCACCGAUGGCAGUGGCGUCAACUAUCUUAAAUGUGGCUCAGUACAAGGUGUCUAUGCCACUGUAGACUUUGGGCCUGGUGCAAAUGUAACCGCUUGCUUUGCAGCACAGAGAUAUGCUGAACCUCAUGGACCUUUGGUCAACUCUGAAUUUUACACCGGCUGGCUGGACCACUGGGGUUCACCUCACUCUGUUAUUGCAACCAGCCGAGUCACGCAAUCCCUGAACCAGAUCCUGGCCACGGGAGCAAACGUCAAUAUGUACAUGUUCAUAGGAGGAACGACCUUUGGAUACUGGAAUGGUGCAAAUACACCGUAUGCUCCUCAGCCGACAAGCUACGACUUCAACGCCCCACUCACAGAAGCAGGAGACCUCACAGAGAAAUACUUUGCCAUCAGAGAAGUGAUCGGAAUGUACCGUAAGAUACCAGAGGGACCAAUACCACCGUCAACUCCAAAGUAUGCAUAUGGGGCUGUGAAGAUGAGAAAGCUCCAGACAAUAACAGGUGCCUUAGAUAAACUGUCUUUUUCUGGCCCGAUCGUGAGCUUGUUCCCUCUGACAUUCCUCGACUUGAACCAGGCUUUUGGUUUUGUGCUUUACCGGACAAUUCUACCGUUUGACUGCAGCACACCAACUCCACUGUCGUCUCCGCUGAAUGGAGUUCACGACAGAGCAUAUGUGUCCAUAAAUGGGGUGGCUGUAGGGAUUCUCGAAAGGAACAAAGUCCUGACCAUAAAUGUGACCGGGAAGGCUCGCAGUCAGGUUGACAUUCUGGUGGAGAACAUGGGUCGAAUCAACUACGGAAGAGACAUCAAUGACUUCAAGGGUCUGGUGUCUAACCUGACUCUGGGGAAGGACACACUCACGGACUGGACCAUGUAUAGUCUCAGUAUAGAUGAAGCCAUCAAUCAGGGCCUCCUCACGGGGACAGAGCCCACACCAGCAGACCCUCCUCAGCCAGUUGCCCUCUCUCCUCCGACCUUUUACGGCGGAAGCUUCGUCAUCCCUGACGGCAUCCCAGACCUGCCUCAGGACACCUACAUCAAACUGCCCAAAUGGAGAAAGGGCCAGAUCUGGAUCAACGGCUUCAAUCUGGGACGUUACUGGCCAGAUCGAGGCCCUCAGGUGACACUUUUUGUUCCUGCCCACAUCCUCAGCACAGCUGCACCCAACAACGUAACAGUUCUGGAGCUGGAAAAUGCUCCAUGCAGCUCAGGUUUGUGCACUAUAGAGUUUACCGACACCCCAAUCAUCAAUGCAACAGUCUCCUCUGACUACCAACAGCCGUGGGGCCUGUUUGAUAGAGGGAAUCACUGGAAAGGAAAGGACCGGAAAUCACUGCUGCACAAGAGGAAUUAAUUAGCAAGGAGAUUAUUAUGAAAUAAGACAUGAAUUCUUGGAACUGAAGCACUAAGAACUGUGGGUGUCUCUGUUUUACUGAUUUUUAUUAUUUUUAUCUUUGCAAAGGGAUUAUUGCAAAUUAAACUGCCGGUAAUCUGUGUUGCAGGGAGUGUUUUAUAUUUUUAUGAAAGAAAGAAAUCAGGGAAAUAUUCUGUGCACUGUCAACCAAUCGUAGAGACUUUGUGGGACUGUUGAUAUUCACCAUAUGUGAUUUUGUUUACAAGCUGGAAAAGAUUAAAAGGUUUUUUCAUGAA